AUGGAAGAAACAAAAAACACAAAGGAAUGAAUCACAAUUGAUACAGAAAUUCCUCCACUUCCUGAAAAAAAUGAGAGGCUCCCAGCCCCUGAUGAAGAGAAAUAUGAAAGCGAAAUGAAAGUGAUGGAAGAAAAAAUUUCCAAGCUGAAAUUACAAAAAAAUAAUGUUUCUCAACAAAUAAAUGAGCUUAAGAAUGGGGGCGGGAUUGAAAAUAAGAGUAUUUCGACGAAGCAAUAUAUUACAGAGAAAAUCCAUAUGUGCAAAGAAUUGAAUCUUGAAAAAACAAAUAAUCAAAAAAAACUAGAAAAUUUUAAAAGUGAUUUUAGAAGAUUGUGUGAAGAACAGAAAAGGCUGAAACCGAAAAUAAAAUAUUAUGAAGAGGAAGAUAUCAAUAAAAGAAUUGAGUCUUUACAAUACAAAUUAGAAACAACUACUGUCACUUUGCAAGAAGAAAAGCAGAUUGUAGCAGAGCUCACGCAGUUGCAGCAGGCGAAGCCACUUUUAGCACAGUUUAAGGCAGGGUCGUUGAAGCUUGAUCAUAAUAAAAAGAAGCAGCAAGAGCUGAAAGAUAGAAUCAACGUUAUAUAUAAUGAAGUUAGAGCAAUCAGUAAAGAAAUUGAAGAUAUUAAUCAAAAUUUAAAAUCAAGCCAAGAAAAGUCCAGGGAAACAAUCCCAAACCUUAUAGAAGAAAAGAAAUUGAUUUCUGAUCAAAUAAAUGUGAUUGAGACUGAUAAAAAGCGAUUAUUUGAAAACUUCAAAAAAACAAAAAAUGAUUAUACUGGGAAGAAUAACAAGAAAAUGGAAAUAUCUAUAUUGAAAUAGUAAUAAAUUGGAUAUAGGAAUAAUCUUGCUAUAAAAUGCAAAUAUUGAACUCAUAAAAAUACGUAAAACAGCAAAAACUUAUAAAAUAUAUUGAAUGGGCCGGAAAGCUAAAAAACAGACUUAUCGAAGAUGAAAAACGGAAAAAAGAAAAAGAAGCCUUAGAGCAGCUAAAACAGCUUAAUAAGCCUCAUCCUUAUCAAAAAGAAAUCAAUCUCUGUGAAACAUUUAUCAACUACUUAACAAAUAUUCUCCCAAAGCCUCCAAGUCAAUUAGAAGAAACCAAAGAAAUCCCUCAAGACAACACCUAUUUAUCCAAUAAAGACGAAAGAAGAGAACUAGAAAAUCAAGAAUGAUUCAAACAGAAAAAGAAGCAAAAAAAGAAACGCGACAAAAACAAAGAAGACAAACUUCAUUCCCUCCCUAUUGAACUUUUAAAUUUUUUCUCCUAUACAAGCAUCAAAGUCCCUACUAAACAAGAAGACAUAGAGCCUGCUAUCGAAGAUUUAAAAGCCCAAAAAGAAAAAUUCAAAGCCUUGACUGUAAGAGACGAAAAAAUUGAGACUGAAGCCAAAGGAAUUUUUAAACAAAAAAUCCUUCCCAGCAUGGAAGAAUUCCCAGCCCCAGAAAACAGCAAAAUAAUCGUAAACUAUGGGAUAUUUCAAGAUGAAGGUCCUACUAUUAAAGAAGACCACAAACAAAGUGCUAAAUAA